AUGUACGGAGCUUCACAGGCUGUCGCCUGGUUGGACAAUAGUAACUACCGCUCCGCCUGCAUCCGGAGAAAUCGCAAACCCAUGGAACGCAAUAUUCGAGCUCUCUUCCCCCCUCCCGAAUGGCUUGUACUUGAAAGGCCGGUCGUCGACUUUUGUUGGAUUGCUCGGAAGGACCUGAAAAUCAUAAUGCAACGCAGGAUGAGUUUGUUUUAGGUUUUUUUCCUGUGUUCAAGGGAGACUGACAGUGCCCAAAAGGCGCUAUAAUAAACCUAUUCUGUUAUAUAACUCUCAUUCUGCUUGUCUGCCCUCUUCAGCGUACUCUUACCUUUGAAACCAACCUUUCCACGGUGGCCUAUGGUGCAACUCUCGGCUGCGCUUCCAGUGUCGCUGAAAGUCAAGAGGGCACGAGCCCCAAAAAGAAACCCUCCAGAACUACCAAACUUUUCGGAGCUGAAGACGAUGAUGAUGGUGGUGGUGACGAUAAUGACGCGAAGGAGGCGGAAGGGGAGAGUGACAGGACAGACGUUGCACCGACACCGGUAAACACUGACGCCGACGAGGCAAUAUCCAAGAGCUCAGUAGGCUCUGUGCCGUCAUCACCUUUUCAAUUGAUUAUUUAA